AAAUCCUAGACAGAGGGGCUCCAAAGUGGGCACCAGAGCAGGCUCCCCGCGGGUAAAAUCCACGUCCUCACUCCUGCAACCAUUCAGCUCUUUGUCCGCGGGACAUUUUGGGGGAUUAGACAGGCUGCGGAGAGAGAGACAGACGGUCCGUCUCUGCUUUCCCGAACCACCGCCAGCAAAACUCAGAGGAGUACCGGCUGAAAAGGACGCUCAACUUCUGCAGAUUUGUUAUUCUUUCUCGUCCCCCUCCAGUUUAAUGGGACGCGUUGGUACAAAGUUUAAUCCCCGCAUGCAGGAGGAUGUGGCCCUUUUCCCCCCGCAGGAACUUGGGAUGCGGUGGGGUAUGUCGCGUUCCUCCGUUAUUUGUAACCAGGCAACUGUCCCAGUGAAUGACCAGUUGAACGAAUCCCAUUAAUGACACCGUCCGUUCGCAGGAGCAGCCCCAACCUCCUUUGAGGAGUUUUUUGUUUGUUUGUUUUUUUUAAUAUAUCACGAUCCCGGGUGACUCCGAUGUGACUUGUCUUUGUUUAACAGCAGUCAGAAAAGCGUAGCUGCCGUUGACGUUUCUUUGAAUUUCUGGCCAUUACUUUGAAAGAAAAAAAAAGGAGUUCCUUUUUGCGCAAGCGCACCAUGUGUCACCGCCUUCUACCUGGGAGAAGCGCACCUGGAUCCAACGAGACGGAAGUUUGGUGAAGUCAGAGCACACGGCGAGGCUUUUGUUGCUGGAGUGGAACCAAAGUACAUUUAGGGAAGUCCCCGGUGAUAGCACCAUGUCACUCGAUGGAUUCACUCGGAAACUAUAAGAGGACAAAGCGACUUAUGCUGCUGGUUCUCAGCCCAAAGCCUGCCUGCUCUCCAUUAAAGCACAAUGACAGCUCUGCGCAGAUUCCUUCGAAGGCGACUGCACCCACUUAAACUAGCUGUAGUGGCCCUCCUCUUUGUCACAUUUGUCUUCCUCAUACAAUGGGAAGUGGGGACCCAAAGCCGGUUGGAGGACCCCUGGCUGAAGGAGAUGCCGGUGAAGCGGGACUCCAUGUUAGAGGUGGUGAUAGGAGCUGUGAAAAACUUCAGGGAUACCAUUCCAAAGAUGCAGAUCAAAGCCCCUGUGCGGCUGCAAGAGAAGCCGGGCAGCAUGUCCUGCCUGCCGGGCCACUACACAGCAGCUGAGCUCAAGCCGGUCCUGGAGAGGCCACCCCAGGACCCUCUCGCUCCUGGAGCAGCAGGGAAACCUUUCAAUCCAAGUUCUCUGAGCCCCGAAGAGCAGAAGGAGAAGGAGAAAGGCGAAGAAAAGCACUGCUUUAACCUGUAUGCAAGCGACCGCAUCUCUCUGAGUAGAGACCUGGGCCCAGACACAAGACCUCCAGAAUGUAUCGAGCAAACCUUCAGGCGAUGCCCCCCCCUGCCGACCACCAGCGUGAUCAUUGUGUUUCACAACGAGGCUUGGAGCACUCUGCUAAGGACGGUCUACAGCGUCCUGCACACCUCCCCUGCCAUCCUCCUGAAGGAGAUCAUCCUGGUGGAUGACGCCAGCGUGGACGAAGUUCUGAAGGACCAGCUGGAUGAGUACUUGAAGAAGCUGAGCAUUGUGCGCGUGGUCCGCCAGCGAGAAAGAAAAGGGCUCAUAACCGCCCGGCUGCUCGGCGCCUCUGUUGCCACCGGUGACACCCUCACCUUCCUCGACGCCCACUGCGAAUGCUUCAAUGGAUGGCUGGAGCCUCUUCUGGCUAGGAUAGCUCAGAACUACACCGCCGUAGUGAGUCCGGACAUAUCCACAAUUGAUCUCAAUACCUUUGAAUUUAUGAAACCUUCGCCGUAUGGCCAGAACCACAACCGGGGCAACUUUGACUGGGGCCUUUCUUUUGGCUGGGAGAGUCUUCCAGAUCAUGAAAAACAAAGGCGAAAGGACGAAACGUAUCCCAUUAAGACUCCUACGUUUGCAGGUGGGCUCUUCUCCAUAUCUAAAGAAUAUUUCUAUCAAAUUGGAAGCUAUGAUGAAGAAAUGGAAAUCUGGGGAGGGGAGAAUAUUGAAAUGUCAUUUAGGGUGUGGCAGUGUGGAGGGCAGCUGGAGAUCAUUCCAUGCUCCGUUGUCGGUCAUGUGUUCCGCACCAAAAGUCCACACACCUUUCCUAAAGGUACUCAGGUGAUCGCCCGUAACCAGGUACGGCUGGCCGAGGUCUGGAUGGAUGACUACAAGGAGAUCUUCUACCGUCGUAACCAACAAGCUGCACAAAUUGCUAAAGAAGAAACUUUUGGAGACAUAUCCAAACGCAAGGAUCUUCGAGAGCGGCUUCAGUGCAAGAACUUCUCCUGGUAUUUGAAGAACAUUUAUCCAGAAAUCUUCAUGCCUGAUCUCAACCCACUCCUCUUUGGCUCGGUGAAAAAUGUGGGCAAGGCCUCGUGUCUGGAUGCUGGAGAGAACAAUGAGGGUGGAAAGGAGCUCAUUAUGUACCCAUGUCAUGGACUCGGAGGAAACCAGUAUUUUGAGUACUCCACACACCGUGAGGUUCGACACAACAUUCAGAAGGAGCUGUGUUUGCAUGGAGCAGGGGGGGUCGUGAAGCUGGAAGAGUGCCAGUACAAAGGCAGGAACACGUUUGUGGGAGCCGAACAAAAAUGGGAACUAAAAGAUAACCAGUUAUUCUACUUUCCUGGAGGGAACAUGUGUCUGACAGCCCACCAGGAUCAUCCCUCCCUGGCUCGCUGCAACCCCUCAGACAGAUACCAGCAGUGGUCCUUCAUCUGAUUGUGCAAAACGCACACGCUUUAUUGUAUGCAUGAGCAUACUGGGACACAUGCAUUUAAUAAUGCAGGGUUUGUUUGUUUUUUUCUUUUAGAGAAACCAAUGCAUUGAAUUUUUAUUUAUUUUUUAUACACAACAGAACUUUAGCUUCUUGAAUGUCAGGACUUUAGAGGAAACCAUCAUGUGCCUGUUGUUUUCUUUGUGUGUGUGUGUGUUUUAGAUGUUUUCACUUCUGAGUAACCAAAACAUGCAACUGUUGACUUUAAAGAGGAUAUUCCCCAGUGAGUCACACUCUUGUGAAUCUAAAGCCUGUUAAUGUUACAAAAAAAGAGGAUUAGGAAAAUAGAGUUCUUCUAAAAGAGAUGCUUUCAUAAGGAAACUAUAGAUGACUAUUCAGGAGCAUUUUCAUUGAUUCUUUUAAAAAUAUUUUUCUGAAAAUAUUUGGAUCCAUUUAGUGCCUUAAAUGCAGAUUUUUAGUUUUGUUUUUGAGGGUCUGGUUGGUUGAGGGAGUGCAAAUGUUAAAGCAAAUUCUAGAAACUUUUAUUUUUUUGCCAAUUUAGUGCAUUUUUGGGUUUUUUUUGUAUUUAUGUAGAUACAGCAAACUGAUGAUUUUUGUAAAAAAAGAAAAAAGGCCUCAUAAGUGAUGAUUAUUGGGUUUCGGUUUAGAAAAAAGAUAAAACUCUAGAUGUUAUUUAAGUUUGUUUUUAAAAGGAGUUUUUAAUUUAAAAGUUAUGCCAAGCGAGGUUUUUUGCCCAACAGAAUGCCUUUAAUCUCAUCUUUCUCCACUUGUAGUUGGAGUAGGAUUGAGUUGUAUAAUAAAUGUGAGGUCAUAUCUGUGAAAGGUUAUUGUUUGACUAGUAAAAGAUCAGACAGAAUGUAUACUUUUCACACAUCAAAACCCCUUUUUGUCAGUUGUAAAGUAAGAUGGAUUAAUGUGAGCUCAAUAAAUUUUGUUUUAUUGCAGGGUAGUAUUUUUUAAUUAAUCUUUGUGGCCUGCAGAGGGCGCUUUGCACUUAAAAAUGCCCAACCUUUGUUCCACUUUGUUGUAGUCAGUUGUAUUCCCUCAGCAAGUGGGAAAUUGUGACAAUUCAUUGACAUUGUAAAAAUUAUUUUUAAUAAAAUUUAUUAGAAAAAAAAAGCUCAAA